AUGAUCAAAUUUAUCAUACUCUUUAACCUUUUCCUUUUCAAAACUGCCUGCGGAGAUAGGGGCAGUGCCCUGAGUCCAGAGAUCAUCAAAGAGAUCUUUAGCAUAGCUGAGGACAUUGGAGAAUACUCGGAAUCAGUGCCAGACAUGUUUGGUGUAGUAAAAAAGAGCUUGCAUGAUCUAGAACGUGAGAUCAAGAUUCGUGCACUAUUGCCGGCUGAAACACAAAUGGAAGCCUUUCGAAUGAUUAGCGCACCAAUAAACGAAUUCUUGAAGCAGGAACCGAGAAACUUUUUCGUACACAGUCCACCCAGAGGUGUUGCCUAUAAUCUGCAGAUUAAAGAGGCAAGAGAUGCCGUCAGGGUCGUUUACAGUAAACUCCAAAAGUUGUGGCUGGCAAGCAUACGAAAGUAG